AUGGCGGACGUGCAGCCUCCCGCGUCGGCGCCAGACGCCACGCCCAGCGAUGCAACUGCUUCGACCUCCAUUGCUAAUGCGUCUGCUACGUCUCCUGCAAUUGCGACGUCUUCAAGCGCUCUGGGGGCCUCGCAAACGUCCGAUAUCGAGUCCAUCCAGGUGCCCAAAUCCGCCCCAAGGGGCGACGUGAACGACCCCGCCACGUACAAGCGCAGCCAGGACCCGGACUGGAAGAACACGGGGCUGGACGACAUCUACGCCACGUGGGACAAGCUGGUGCCCGUGGAGGAGCUGCCCAAAUUCGAGGAAAUGGGUCUCUUCCUGGUGGAGCACGACCCCCAAACCGCGCGCGAGCUGGAGAAGGCGUUCGUGCUGCUGCGCCGCAAGUUCAAGUGCCUGCCCAAGAAGUCCCAGAUGAAGUUCGUUCUGGGUCUUUUGGUGCAGAAGGGCGAGGCCCCCAAGGGCCUGGCGCUCGAGAAGCUGCUGGUCAAGAAGGCCCAGAAGAGUCAGUCGGGCGUGCUGGUCGUCACGGUGCUCACCAGUCCGUACCCGGAGGUGGGCGGCAAGAAGCAGCGCUUCAGCUGCCAGUGGAACUGCUACUACUGCCCCAACGAGCCGGACCAGCCCAGGAGCUACCUGCACGACGAGCCCAGUGUGCUGCGCGCCAACCGGAACGACUUUGAUCCGGUGCUGCAGUUCUGCGAUCGCUGCGUGACGCUGGCGAUGAACGGCCACCCAGUGGACAAGAUUGAGCUGCUGGUGCUGGGAGGAACGUGGGCGUCCUACCCCGUGGAGUACCAGGAGAACUUCAUCCGCGACCUGUUCUACGCGGCGAACACGUUCUUCGACAGAGAGAAGCGCGAGCGACGCAGUCUGGACGAGGAGAAGCUGGAGAACGAGACUGCAGCAGUGAAGAUCAUUGGAAUCACGUUGGAGACCCGACCGGAUUGCAUCACGCCGGAGGAGCUGCGUCGCUUCCGCCGCUACGGAUGCACGCGAGUUCAGCUGGGCAUUCAGCACACGGACGACGCCAUCUUGAAGAAGAUCAACCGCGGCUGCACCUCUGCGGACGCGGUGCGCGCGUUGAAGCUCCUGCGUGACUGCUGCUACAAGACCGACAUCCACCUCAUGCCCAAUCUUCCUGGCAGCGACCCGGAGAAGGACCGCGCCAUGUUUGACUACGUGCUGCACUCGCCGGACCUGCAGGCCGACCAGUGGAAGAUCUACCCGUGCGAGAUCACGCCCUGGACUGUGAUCAAGAAGUGGUACGACGAAGGGAGCUACGUGCCGUACUCGGACGACAAGCUCAUCGACCUGCUGAUGGACGUGAAGGCUCAAGUGCACCCUUGGAUCCGACUCAACCGUGUGAUCCGCGAUAUCCCCAGCCAGUACAUUCUGGGAGGCAUGGACGAACCCAACUUGCGUCAAGUGAUCUGCAACAAGAUGAUCGCGCGUGGCACGCCGUGCAAGUGCAUCCGGUGCCGUGAGGUGAAGACGGACGAUGCAGCUAUCGCAUCGGCUGAGUGCGUGAUUCGCGAGUACGAGGCCAACGAAGGAGCCGAGUACUUCAUUAGCUUUGAGACCCCGGACCGCUCCAAGAUCUGCGGGUUUACUCGGCUUCGUCUCUCUCAGUCCGCUGGUGGCGGUGUGUUCCCCGAGCUGGAGGGUGCCGCGUUGAUCCGCGAGCUGCACGUGUACGGUCAGUUGGUCGCUGCGAUUGCCAAGUCGAAGAAGGCUGCAGUAGAUGCCGCUGCUAGUGACGCAGAGGGCUCGCACGCUCAGCACACGGGCUUCGGUACGCAGUUGAUGAUGAAGGCGGAGGAGAUUGCUCGCGCGCACGGGUACAAGAAGAUGGCUGUGAUCGCUGGCGUGGGUGUUCGCAACUUCUACCGGCGGUUGGGCUUUGAAGUGGAAGGUGAGGGCGAGCUGAUGAUCAAGCACUUGAAGGAACUGCCUGCGCCCAGCGUCUGGUCCAAGGUGAACGCGUUCGUCUCGGACAACAUCGGUAAGGAGCUGACGCCCGGUCAGCUAGUGCAUUGA